GACUGUCAUCGUUGGAACUAUAACAGGCCAAGACAAACACAGAGCACUAUUUCACGUGCGCUGCACGUGCCGGAUCCAAUCGUUUGCUCUCUUCCAUUUGCUCGGCAGCAGACGACUUCAAGAACUUGAGCAAACAUUAGCAACAGGCUUUUAUUGCGAGACAUAUGCCCAUUUGAUUGGCUGACACGACGGAUAAGUGGCCUCGAUUACAAUAUGAUGGGCUGUCAAUGCCAUCUGUAAAUCAGAGUCUGCGGUAUUCGUGAAGCCGAUCUGGUGAUAUAAGCUGAGCGCGAUCUCUGUCCACCAUCACACUCCAGGGAGACACUACGUGCCACGACGGAUACAGCAGAGCUGCGAUUCAGGAAGUGACGUCAUAGUGUCGGACCAUCUGAAUAUUGCGCCAGUACAGACGCGUGACUUCAACGCGCCAACAGCUUCAUCGUUUACGACCUGCUUCUGGUCCGACGUGGACGAAUGUGACGCCUGUAAACGACGGAAUGUAUGGAGAGAGCUGGAGCAUGCGCUCGUUUUUAUCGGACAUGCUCGGAAACGUGACAGGACGUAUCCUCGACAUAUCGCCCCAAACAGAAGAGAAUGACACAGAUUUGGGCAAAACGAUAAUACGAGACGAAAUCUGGACAGGCAGAGUUGCGAUAAACGGCAUUGGCGGAACGACGAUUGCCUUAUUUGGUCUUGUAGCAAAUGCAAUGUCAAUUGUAGUCCUGUCUCGAUACAAACAAAAGUCGUCUGCUCCACUGUUGCUGAUCCUGCUGGCCGUGUGCGACUCCCUGUUGCUAGGGUCGGAGUUGGUCCUGGAGACACUCGCCACUCUGGCUAGCGGCAAGGUAAUCUCGGCCUCGUACAUCGACUGGCUGACACCAGGUUACGUCAUCUUUUUCCACGUCCCGUUCAUCGCCCAGACAGGAACAACGUACAUGACCGUCCUCAUCACUGUAGAACGCUACAUCGCCGUCGUCAAGCCGUUCCUGGCGUCGCGGUUGUGCAGCAGAUCGGCUGCAUGGAAAGCUAGUGCGGUUAUCUUGGUAUGGAGCGUCGUGUAUCACACACCCAAGUAUCUGGCUUACACGUCUUAUGAACAAUACCAGGCCGAUACCAAUUCCACAAAACUCAUCUUCAACAGAACCGACUUUGGAAAUGGGUUUUUCUUUAAUGAAGUGUUUAUGGUAUGGAUAAAUUUCACACUUGAGUUUUUUGUCCCAUUCUCAAUCCUUGUUGUCCUCAACGUCUUGCUUAUAAGGGCUCUAAAGAAGAGCAAGAGCUUCGAGGUCAGCCGAGUUGGUGCUAGGGCGCGGAAAGGACAGCGUCUCACUGCCAUGGUGUUGGCUGUGACCACUUUGUUCUUCUUCUGCGAGUUGUUUUCCGUCACGUCCAUCAUAAUGAUUCGCGGCCUCAACCAAUACAGCGAGUGUUCCGUCUUCUGCAACAACUUCCUUGCCCUCGCGGACACCAUGGUGAUCGUAAACUCCGCCUCAAAUUUCGUCCUCUAUUGUGCCGUCGGGAAGAAGUUCAGGGAUAUAUUCCUGCAGAUGUUUUGCCGGAUGCCGUUGAGGAAGUCGCGUUCUUCGUCAAGUAACUCCAACAACACUCGUAGUACGUCACAGGGCCAUUCCAAAAUGAUAAGCAUGACGAAGAUGGAUCGUCGGGACGUGCUGUCAAAUUAAUGCCUAAUAUGGCCUCAUGAAGACUCGGACACUGCAACAGGUUUAUUCCAUUGAGUGAGUUGAUGUGGCUUUAAUCUAUGCUUAGCAAUAAAACAACCGUGUGAAGGCGACUAAAACAA